UAUAAGAAGAAAGAAAGAGAUUUAAGGGAGGUGCUGCUGCUAGCUGCUAGACCUACUUGCAGAAAUUGGAAAGGAAAUUAUAAGGUAGGUAGGUUAGAUAAACACGGCGGCAGCAUGAAGACAAUAUUGUCAUCGGAGACGAUGGACAUACCCGAUGGGGUUAAGAUCAAAGUGAACGCCAAGAUCAUUGAGGUAGAGGGACCUCGUGGCAAGCUCACCCGCAAUUUCAAGCACCUUAACCUUGAUUUCCAGCUGAUUAUGGACGAGGAAACCGGAGAACGCAAAUUGAAGAUAGAAGCAUGGUUCGGUUCUAGAAAGACCAGCGCUUCCAUCCGUACGGCCCUGAGCCACGUUGAGAAUUUGAUCACAGGUGUGACAAAGGGAUAUCGGUACAAGAUGCGGUUCGUUUACGCUCACUUCCCUAUCAACGCCUCCAUUUCCAACUCUAACUCUUGCAUUGAGAUCCGCAAUUUCCUUGGCGAGAAGAAGGUUCGGAAAGUUGAAAUGCUUGAAGGUGUGACUGUUGUCCGGUCUGAGAAGGUUAAGGAUGAGCUGAUUUUGGACGGGAAUGACAUUGAACUCGUCUCUCGUUCUGCUGCCCUAAUUAACCAGAAAUGCCAUGUUAAGAACAAAGAUAUCAGAAAAUUUCUCGAUGGUAUCUACGUCAGUGAGAAGUGCACCAUAGUUGAAGAAGAUUGAGAUUGCGCUAUUUUUACCUUCUUUUUUUUUUACUAUCAAGGAGUUCAUACUUCCGUGCUUGUACCCUGGUCUAACAUCUGUAGUUUCAGUUCUCCGAAAUUUUUGGGUCUUUUGUCACCUUUUAUGGUUUGUCAAAGCUUUCUUCUUCGUAUGCAUUCACAAAAAAUAAUUGCCCGGUCUGAUCA